AUGACUGUUGGAGCUCCCGAUCACUUUGGUGGCCUUCAAGGCAGCCAAAUAUUCUAUAAGCUCCUUGAAGCAAAAGGUGUUGAGUAUCUAUGUGAGUCAAACACCGGGGGCCACUUCCGAGACCGACCAUCAGACCCUCAUGCUGAUCGUGGAACCAUUGCCUUGCGCCCCCAGUUGGAUACCCGGGAGCAGCGGCUCUUCCACUCUUCGAUGGGUGCUGGGCACAUGGCCGAGGGGUACGCAUCCGCGACUGGGAAACCAGGAGUAGUCCUGGUGACCUCUGGUCCUGGUACAUCCAACCUCGCGACACCCCUGUUCGACGCCCAAUUGGAUGGAAUUCCCGUGGUCGUGAUUUGCGGCCAAGUGCCAACGAGUAAGAUGGGAACAAAUGCUUUCCAAGAGAUCGAUGUUUCUGCUCUGGCCCAGUCAUGCACCAAGUGGCACACUGUUGUUCAGGCAGUGGAGGACCUCCCACUGGCAAUUGACGACGCAUUCCGCGAGGCAACCCAGGGGCGUCCCGGACCGGUACUGGUAGCGAUACCGCAAGACGUGAGCUUGUCAACUUGCACUUCCAUGACUCUCGUGAGAGGAACGGCUGCUUCUGGUGAUUGGAAGCAGGAUAAGGCGGCGUCGGCUUCGCCUGUGCAGCAGCGCAGUCUUUGCGUUUCUCAUGAUUCAUUUCAGCAAGUCGCCGCUUUGAUCAACGCAGCGGAGCGUCCAGUCAUCAUCGCGGGUCAUGGCGUUCUCCAGAGCAUCAACGGCCGGUUCUUUCUCGACGCCAUCUCCAACCUCGGGCAGAUUCCGGUGGCAACCACUCUGCUAGGUCUUGGGUGCUUUGAUGAGAUGAAACCCGAGUCCUUGCAUAUGGUCGGUACCUGGGGUGCUGUAUAUGCCAACUAUGCCGUCCAGAACGCAGAUCUAGUCAUUGCCUUUGGGGCGAGACUCGACGAGCGAGUAGUUGGCGAUCCAGAUGGCUUUGCACCACAAGCAAGGUCCCAAGGUCGAGGGGGCGUGGUGUAUUUUGGCAUCGACCCCGGCAGCAUGGGGAAAUUGAUCAAGCCGACGCAUUUCAUCCAGGGCGACUUGAGUGAUACAUUGCCGCUACUGCUGAGAUACCUCCAGAAGCGCUCACGGCCCGAGUGGUCUGAGCAGAUACAGAAAUGGAAAGCCGACCAUCCAUUUCCAUCCAAUGCAUCCAAAGAGAACCACAGCAUUACGCCGGCGAAGUUCUUAUCAGAACUCGAUCGUCAGAUCAAAUCGCUAUCGCCCAGCAGAGCCAUUGUGUGCACGGGAGUAGGACAGCACCAGAUGUGGGCUGCCAGGUGUCUGCGCUGGCGAACUUCAAUGUCGUUGGUAACCUCGGGCGGCCUCGGUACUAUGGGAUUCGGUCUUCCUGCUUCGAUCGGAGCAAAAGUGGGUUCACCAGACUCUCUGGUCAUCAAUAUUGACGGUGAUGGAUCCUUUUGUAUGACCAUGGAGGAGCUCUUGACUGCAUCAUCCAACGGCGUCGGGGUCAAGACCAUCAUCUUUAACAACGGACAGCAUAGGAUGAUGGAGCAGUACCAGCAAAUGUAUUGCGGGGAUCAAGGGGCCAAUACAGACUUUUUCAAUCCCGAUUUCGUGAAAUUGGCUCAAAGCGUGGGCUGUGAUGCUGAGCGAUGUGCACUGAUCAAAGAUCUGCCGAAGGCGAUUCACUGGCUUUUGCACACAGACCGCCCAGCAGUGCUGGAUUUAGCUCUGGGAGAUGAGCCACCGUUUCUUCCGUUGGUGCGUCAGGGUGCAGCCUUGGACAACUUUGUGACCGAGUAUUAG